UGUCUUGGCUGCAAUUAUUGGUUAGCUUGAGGCUGAGGUACCAAAUAUUUGAGCCAAGUGUUUAGGAAGAUAUUUCCAUUCUCAAGUGACAACAUACAAGGUAAAGCACAAAACGAACCAAAAAUGGCAGAGGUCACGCAGAAGCUGAAAGGAAAAGUGGCCAUAGUGACUGGUGGUGCCAGUGGAAUUGGGGAAGCAACAGCACGCCUUUUUGCUCAACACGGCGCACGAGCCGUUAUCAUCGCCGACAUCCAAGAUGAAAAGGGCAGAGCCGUGGCGGCAUCCAUCCCUUCACAGAUUUGCAGCUACGUGCAAUGCGACGUGAGUGAUGAAAAUCAAGUGAAAGCCAUGGUGGAUUGGACGGUCCAGAAAUAUGGUCAACUCGACAUAAUGUUCAGCAACGCAGGAAUUGUUGGUAAUUCGGGUCAAAAGGUGCUCGAUCUGGAUCUUUCCCAAUUCGAUCGGGUGAUGAACGUCAACGCUCGUGGCAUGGCGGCGUGUGUGAAGCACGCAGGACGAGUCAUGGUGGAGAAGCGUGUUAGAGGUAGCAUAAUUUGUACUGGCAGUAUUGCGGCAAGCAGGGGAGGAACCUGGCGGACUGAUUACAUAAUGUCGAAACACGCUGUGUUAGGGUUAGUGAGAUCAGCUUGUAGGCAAUUGGGUGAGUAUGGAAUAAGAGUGAAUAGUAUUUCACCUUCUGCAGUAAUGACGCCAUUGAUGAUCAGCGCGGAAGCGGAGGUAUCAAUGAAGGCUCUGAAAAGGUAUGGUCCGCAGACUAGUUUGAAGGGUAUUACACUGACGGUGAAACACUUGGCGGAAGCUGCUCUGUUUCUAGCUUCCGAUGAUUCUGCUUUUGUUAGUGGGCUUGAUUUGGGGGUGGAUGGUGGCUUGAUCAGUCUUCCAGAUCCGAUGAGUUCAUUGUGAAACAGAGAGAACAAACGAAUUUGUCUCAUUUGGGUUUCUUUUUCUUUUUGGUUUCUCAUCCUGCAUUCGGUGUCCAAUGGACGAGUUCGACUAAAUUUGAAAUUCGUACUCAAAAGUUGUAAAUAUUGUAAAAUACUCCUAGUGACUAUACAUGUAGGAGGACUCGAACCUGAAACGAUUAGAUCCUUGUAGUAUAGCUCCUCUUAGAUGGAUUUUGAAUGUAAUGUGUAUUUUCUAUUUGAAGGUUGAAAGUAUCUUGACUUCGUAAUUGAGAUGCAGUGUGUUAGCUAUGUAAAAUUAUUCAAAAACAAUGUUUUGAUUAUGUUAUUAUUUGGCAGAUU